AUGACACACUACAAUAAGCUUCCUGAAGUUUCUUAUAACCCCAAGAUCACGGCUUGGAAUUCCAGAGUCAAAAUACACAGGAUCUACUUUUUCUAUUCCUAUGUUACCAGCAGUGGACCUUUCUAUACCUAUGUCCUAGCAGAUGAAGAGGAAACCAAGAUGGAGAUGACCAUUUAUGCGGAUUAUGGUUUCCAGGCAACUAACUCUUGGUUCAAACUAACUGCUACAUGCUAUACACAAGUCCACAUCAUCAAUCCUCUGAAUAAUCGGCUUUUCAUGGAUUUCAAGAACAUCCAUGCAAUCCCUCACAUAGACCACAUGGACCAAAACUAUCCCAUAGUGAUUUUCAGCAUGGAAGCCCAUUUUAAUGACCCUGCAACUCCAAGAAUGUUGUUUCACAUAAGGGACAACAUUCGGAUAAAAUGUGUGGCCACUAGCAAUCAUGCUUCUGCCUUUCGGGAUGGUCUUGAAAACAUGAGAGGUCAUGCACAAGUGAUUGUGGUCCUUAAUAUGUGGAGGGUCUGGAAAUUUUUGAGUAAGUGUAGUUAUUUUGGUCCUCUUGAUCUAUGGCUUGAGACCGAGGGUGGAUUAUCUGACUUCAGAUUCAAUCCGCAUUUGUCGGAGGUUGAGGAGUUCACGCAGUCUCUACUACGCAGUGACCAUUAUGUUCAAAGAUAUGGGGCUGUAGGUCUUUUGUAA